UAAGAUUUUAUUUGUAAACACUCGGACAUCAAAUGAAAUCUACGUUAGUUUUUUGCAUCAUCAUUGGAUUGGGGUGGUCGACCCUAACCAACGCAGCUGAAAGUGAUGUUUUAGAAUUAAACGAUGACAACUUCGUAUCCACCUUGGCCCAGCAUGAAACUACUUUGGUGAUGUUCUAUGCCCCUUGGUGUGGACAUUGCAAACGUUUGAAGCCAGAAUACGCAAAGGCGGCUGAAUUAGUUAAAGAUGAUGAUCCUCCCAUUUCUUUGGCUAAGGUCGAUUGUACAGAGGGCGGUAAAGAAACGUGUAAUAAAUUCUCUGUUAGCGGCUAUCCCACUUUAAAGAUUUUCAAAGGUGAUGAAGUUUCGCAAGAUUACAAUGGCCCCCGUGAAGCAGCUGGUAUUGCUAAGUUCAUGCGUGCACAAGUUGGUCCUGCCUCCAAGGAUAUUGGCUCUGUGGCUGAUUUCGACAAAUUCCUGAGCGUUAAGGAAACUACUCUAUUCGGCUACUUUAAAGAUAUGGAUUCCAAAUUGGCUAAAACAUUCUUAAAGUUCGCAGAUAAAAACCGUGAAAAAUAUCGCUUUGGUCAUAGCAGCAAUGCCGAUGUUUUGGAAAAGGCUGGAGAAAGCGAUAGCAUUGUUCUGGUUCGUGCUCCACAUUUGAGCAAUAAAUUUGAAGAUUCCUCAGUUAAAUUUGAUGGCACUUCCGAAUCGGACUUGACCACUUUCGUUAAAGAUAACUUCCAUGGUUUAGUUGGUCAUCGCACUCAAGAAACUGUUCGUGACUUUAAAAACCCCUUGAUUACUGCUUAUUAUUCAGUGGACUAUGUUAAAAAUGCCAAGGGUACCAACUACUGGAGAAACCGUGUACUUAAGGUAGCUAAGGAGUUUGCUGGCAAACUGAACUUUGCUAUCUCUGCCAAAGAUGACUUCCAACAUGAACUUAACGAGUAUGGAUAUGAUUUUGUGGGCGAAAAGCCAGUUAUUUUGGCUCGUGACGCUAAAAACUUAAAAUACGCCCUUAAAGAAGAAUUCUCCGUAGAGAAUUUACGUGAUUUCGCUGAAAAGCUAUUGGAAGGUGAAUUAGAGCCGUACAUCAAAUCUGAACCCGUUCCAGAAGAUAAUAGUGCACCUGUCAAGGUGGCUGUUGCUAAGAACUUCGAAGAAGAAGUCAUGAAUAAUGGCAAGGAUACCUUAAUAGAAUUCUACGCUCCAUGGUGCGGCCAUUGCAAAAAGCUAACACCCAUCUACGAUGAGUUGGCAGAAAAAUUACAGGAUGAGGAUGUUGUUAUUGCCAAAAUGGAUGCCACCGCAAAUGAUGUUCCUCCCGAGUUCAAUGUUCGCGGUUUCCCCACACUAUUUUGGCUUCCCAAGGAUUCCAAGACCAAACCUGUCCCCUACAACGAAGGACGUGAAGUAGAUGACUUCAUUAAAUUUAUUUCCAAACAUGCAACCAACGAACUGAACGGUUAUGACCGCAGCGGUAAACCCAAAAAGACGGAACUGUAAUUUAUGUUAGAGUUCUAAAUACAUAGUAAUAUCAGAGGGGGAACUUCAUUCACAAUUCCAUUUUACACAUGUUUCAAUAGUAGGGAAGAAAUUUUCGACAUAACAUUUAAUUCCUUCUAUAGUUUUCUAGCAUUUAAUGUAAAAACGAGAAUCUUUUUUUAACUGAAUUUUAUUAAUAAUAAAAAAAAUAAGAUUAUUAAAGUAUUCCUUUAAAUGUUA